CUGGGGGGAUCUGAGGGAAGGCAGGGAGGGGGUGGGCACCCCGGGAAGGAGAAGGACAGGGAGCACACACAGCACAGUAUCCGGGGUGCCGGCGAACGCUCCAGGCCUGCCGCUGCGCCGGGCGCUGCUCCGAGCCCUCCGAUCUGAUAAGCUCGUUUCCCCCUCGCAACAGCCCCACGGGGUGCCCGCUGACGUCGCCCUGUCUCACAGACGAAGAAAGGGAGGCACGGGACGGUCACGGAGCGGGUCCGUGAUCGCACUGGCACGCCUGCGGGGCCGCUGGCUUCAGAGGCCAUGCCCUUAGCAACGGGCUCGGGGCACGGGCGGGCUCCCCCCUCCCCGCCUCCCCCACCAGCCCCCGGCCCAGCAGGUGCAGGAUGGGGUCUGAGGCCGGGAGGACCACCAGCCGGCAAGGCCGCCCAGUCCCCUUCCGGGGGAAACGCCUUCCCGACGGGUGCCUCCAACCACCCACUCAGGGGCCUGCAGCCCUGGACUCUCCAACGCCACCCGCUGAAAACACGCGAGACGGUCCUGAUGAGGGGAGCAGCGCACAGCCCCACCCGCUGCCCCGCCUUUGCCACGACGACAGCCUGCUCUCCCCCGGUGGCCCUGGCAGCUUCACAGCCAACGUGAUCUUUUUGAAACGGAAACCAAAGUGUGCCCUCCUGCUGAGAACCCUCCCUGGCUUCCCAUCGCGCUCAGAGGCACAUCCCCCCCUACCCCGGCCCGGGCCCUGCCCGCCUCCCCGAGUCCCCUCCCCUCCCCUUGCCUGGCCUGGCAGCCCCCCGGGGUCACACCAAGCUCCCUGCCCUGCAAGCCGCCUGCGCCCAACAGCUCCGCCCUCCUCCUCCGGGGACCCACGCUGGCGCCAGCCCAGCCAUGGCUCCCACAUCCACGCGCAUGUGCCUGUGGGCGUGUACCUGCGUGUGUGUGCGCCUCUCUCUGUGUGUCUGUCUCUGUCUACUCGUUGGUUCCACGUCCGUCCGCUCCCGUCUCCCUGGCCUGUGAAGACCUGGAGCAGCCGCCUGCGGCCAGCGAGGACCCUGACGCCCGGGUGCCUGCCGCCGGCGCUGUGCUCGCUGCGUGCGUGUUGGUCUCAUGAGAGGAUGGAUUCGGUGACUGAAGGAGCCUCACGGGAGAGACGCUGGUGACCCAGCAGACGCAGGGCUCACUCUGCUAUCGCGUGUGCGGGGCACACAUCUCGAGCUUUCGAGACCAAAGCUGUUCUUUUCCUAGUUUCCGUUGCUUGGGGUGGAUUCAGUGCUUUGACAACUAUACGAGGUAGCGCAGCUACAAUGGGACGGUUUCUCCGUAUUUUCCCUUCCCGUUAGUAUUUGAUGCUCAGACGAUCAAGUCCUGUACCAGACCCGCUGGACGAGAAGGAUGUCCUCCUCCAUCCAUUCGCCGUGUGUGGAUGGACACUGGGGCCCACAGACAAGCAAGCCAGGGCCCCAGGAAGCAGCCAGUGUAGACGGAGAGAGACGAGGAAACCCACGCCCACAGCCGAGAGGGGUGAGGCCAGCGUCCCUCUGAGCAAGGACAGCAGCAAAGCCUCACACGCGCCAGCCAGACCGCCCAGCCGGGUGCCCGCCAGCCGUCCAAGCUUGCAGCAGACAGAUGUGAGCGUUACUUCACACACGUUUUCCCAGCGUCAGGACCGCUGCAUGUGGACUUUGCACCACCUAAUCAGGAAUUAUUCACAUAUUUGUUGCCUAAAA